AUGGUCCUACCGCUCGCUAUAGUCAAGACAUUAAUACGUACUGUAACAUUUAGGAAUGUCGCGUGUGGUCACUGUCAAAAAUUAGCUCCGGAAUAUAUGAAAUUGGCGAAUGCGGUGAAAGGUAUUUUUAAAAUUGGAGCGGUGGAUAUGACGCAACAUCAGUCAGUGGGUGCACCCUAUAAUGUACAAGGCUUCCCUACAAUUAAAAUAUUUGGUGUUGAUAAAAAGGCUCCAAUGGAAUAUCAAGGCUAG